UCUGGAGAAGCCUCUGGCCUGGGCUCCGCUGUCUGGUCCAUGGGACCAGAUCCAAGCCGUCCAGGCCAGCGGGGCAGGUGGGCCUGGCUCCCCGGGCUCUGGGCUGCUCAGAGGGAAUCUGGUCAAAGCAGGGGUGAGUCAGGGGCCCACCUCUGGGCCUCUGGCUGGGGGCUCAGCCAAGGCCAGACCUGUAGGAGGACUACAUUUCCCAGAGUCCCCCAGGUCCCCCCCAGAGCGAGCCAUUGGGAGAUUUAAAUAGCCCAGGCCCGAGGCAACCAGGCCCCAGCUGUGGACGCGUCUGCCUCCCGGUGGCUCCAUUGGCGCUGGCCGACACUGGGGGGCUCGAUUGGCUGCCCAGCUGGCACUGACAUUCCCCAGGAGCCUGGUGGCAGCCGGAGGUAAACAGCCAUGUGCAGGCCUGCUCUCUAUAUUUAACAGCUGCUGAGGAGCCGGCAGGGAGGCAGAGAGCAGGGGCGGCUCCGGCGUCUUUGGGGGAGAAGGGCCUCGCGGCCAGGCUGGUACCGGCCCUUGCCAGGAGAUCGUCAACAAUGCCCGCCUCCCAGAGCCGGGCCCGGGCCCGGGACCGCAGCAAUGUCCUCAACCGAGCCGAGUUCCUGUCCCUGAACCAGCCCCCCAAGGGGGCCCCGGAGCCCCGCAGCUCGGGCAGGAAGGCCUCGGGCCCCUCGAUGCAGCCCCCAGCCCCUGGGGACGGGGCCCGCGAGCGGCGCCAGUCCCAGCAGUUGCCCGAGGAGGACUGCAUGCAGCUGAACCCCUCCUUCAAGGGCAUCGCCUUCAACUCCCUGCUGGCCAUUGACAUCUGCAUGUCCAAGCGCCUGGGGGUGUGCGCCGGCCGGGCCGCGUCCUGGGCCAGCGCCCGCUCCAUGGUCAAGCUCAUCGGCAUCACGGGCCACGGCGUCCCCUGGAUCGGGGGCACCAUCCUCUGCCUGGUGAAGAGCAGCACGCUGGCCGGCCAGGAGGUGCUCAUGAACCUGCUUCUGGCCCUGCUCCUAGACAUCAUGACGGUGGCCGGCGUGCAGAAGCUCAUCAAGCGGCGUGGCCCGUUCGAGUCGAGCCCCAGCCUCCUGGACUACCUCACCAUGGACGUGUAUGCCUUCCCCGCCGGGCACGCCAGCCGCGCGGCCAUGGUGUCCAAGUUCUUCCUGAGCCACCUGGUGCUGGCUGUACCGCUGCGCGUCCUGCUGGUGCUCUGGGCCCUGUGCGUGGGGCUGUCGCGGGUCAUGAUCGGCCGCCACCACAUCACCGAUGUCCUCUCCGGCUUCGCCAUCGGCUACUUCCAGUUCCGCCUGGUUGAGCUGGUGUGGAUGUCCUCCAACACCUGCCAGAUGCUCAUCUCCGCCUGAGAAUCCAGUUCCACUGUGCCGGAUGGCCGCUGGUGCUGUCUGAGCUUGCCCUUGGCCAGACUCUGUGGGUCCCGUCCAGACUGGAUGUUGGGUAAGACGGGAACAAGGUCCACCGGCCCCGGUGUAGCCGCAAAGCUCAGCCUCAGUGUGUCCUCCCCACUUCCUCACUCCGACCCACGCCCGCCCCCAGCCCUGUGGGCCUCCACCUGCCCCUCCCAGAGCCCAGAGUCAGUCCUGAACUUGCCCAGCGCUCUCCUGCCUCCUGGCAUCACCCCAGCUGUCAUGGGCAAUGUGACCACUUCCCAGAACACAGAAGUUCACCUGGGUUUCUUUCGUCAAGGUCACUGGGGUAGUGAGCCAAGGGGAGCUGGGGGACAGGCUGGGGGUGGUCUGGGAAGGGUGAUCUUGAGGAAGGAGUGCACACAUGGGAGUCAGACCCUAAGGGCCCUAAGUCAUUGAGCCCUUCUGAGCCUCAGUUUCCCCCUCCCUAAAAUGGGGAUAAUGCUACCUUGCAUAAAGCUGGAGCAUCCAGAGCUGUGUGGCCCAGGCGGGCACACUGAAGGGUCAAGAAAGGAAGACAGAGCUUCUUGGGCUGCACACCCUCCCAAGAACCAUGUGUCCCUGCUGGGCACUCAGGCACAGGGCAGGGUACUCUGGGGAUCAGAUGGACUGGAACUGAGAGACGGGCACCUAUCCAUGUCACGGCGGACCCAGUGGCUUCUUUUCACAGAUGGGGGCACUAAGGCCCAGGAGGGGUGUCCGGCCCACACCAAGUAUGCAGGCACUAUGCAGCCUGCCCUGAACCCCACCACCCACCUCACGCUCCCCGGCUUCAGGCUGUCAGCGGGCGAAGGGCGUGUGAACUGACCCCUCCCACCCUGAGUCUGUCUCGUUUCUCCUCCAGGCUGCCCAAAACCUCCUUCCAACAGAGCUGGGAUUUAGGACCAAGGAGGUCACCCCUGCUGACUCUGCAUCUUGGUAGGGUCUCUAUUGGAUUCCUAGUUGUAAAAUAAAGAACAGUAAGUUGGGGCUCUGAAGACCCCUGGCAGCUAUGGCCUGGCGAUGGCGGGCUGGCCUGGGAAAAACCCACUGCCAAGAACACACUAUUGUGGUGUUAACAGACUGAAUUGUGCCCCCUCCCCGCAAUUCAUACAUCAAAAGCUUAACCCCCAGGACCUCAGAAUGUGAUUCUAUUUGAAGACAGGACCUUUAAAGAGGCAAUUAACUUAAAAUGAGGUCAUUAGGAUGGGCCCUUGUCCAAUAGCACAGGUGUCCUUAUAAGAAGGAAAGUUGGACAUGCAGAGGGACGACCCUGUGAAGACACAGGGAGAGCACAGCCCUCCACAAGCCAAGGAGAAAGCAA